UCUGAUGUGCUCGGCCAAGGCAGAGGACUCCAACUGUGGUGAGAAUGAAUACCACAACCAGACUACCGGGCUGUGCCACCAGUGUCCUCCCUGCAGACCAGGCGAGGAGCCCUACAUGUCCUGUGGAUACGGCACCAAAGACGACGACUAUGGCUGUGUGCCCUGCCCUGCAGAGAAGUUUUCCAAAGGAGGUUACCAGAUAUGCAGGCGCCACAAGGACUGUGAGGGCUUUUUUCGAGCCACUGUGCUGACACCAGGGGACAUGGAGAAUGAUGCUGAGUGUGGCCCAUGUCUCCCUGGCUACUACAUGCUGGAAAACAGACCGAGGAACAUCUACGGCAUGGUCUGCUACUCCUGCCUCUUGGCACCUCCCAACACCAAGGAAUGUGUAGGAGCCACUUCCGGAGUUUCUGCUCACUCCUCCAGCACUUCUGGUGGCAGCACCUUAUCCCCCUUCCAGCAUGCUCACAAAGAGCUGUCAGGCCAAGGACACCUGGCCACCGCCCUGAUCAUCGCCAUGUCUACCAUCUUCAUCAUGGCCAUCGCCAUUGUCCUCAUCAUUAUGUUCUACAUCAUGAAGACUAGGCCUUCAGCCCCAGCCUGCUGUACCAGCCCCCCAGGAAAGAGCGCAGAAGCCCCAGCUAGCACACAUGAGGAGAAAAAGGAGGCCCCAGACAGUGUGGUGACUUUCCCUGAGAAUGGUGAAUUCCAGAAGUUGACAGCAACACCCACAAAGACCCCCAAGAGCGAGAAUGAUGCCUCCUCUGAGAACGAGCAGUUGCUGAGUCGCAGUGUGGACAGUGAUGAGGAGCCAGCUCCAGACAAGCAGGGGUCCCCAGAGCUAUGCCUGUUGUCACUAGUUCACCUGGCCAGGGAGAAGUCUGCAGCCAGUAACAAGUCUGCUGGGAUCCAAAGCCGAAGGAAAAAGAUAUUGGAUGUGUAUGCCAAUGUGUGUGGUGUUGUUGAAGGUCUCAGCCCCACAGAGUUGCCAUUUGAUUGCCUUGAGAAGACAAGCCGAAUGCUUAGCUCCACGUACAACUCUGAGAAAGCAGUUGUGAAAACAUGGCGCCACCUUGCCGAGAGCUUUGGACUGAAGAGGGAUGAGAUCGGGGGCAUGACCGAUGGCAUGCAGCUCUUUGACCGCAUCAGCACUGCGGGCUACAGCAUCCCAGAGCUGCUCACGAAGCUGGUGCAGAUCGAGCGGCUAGAUGCUGUGGAGUCCUUGUGUGCAGACAUACUGGAGUGGGCCGGGGUUGUGCUACCGGCCUCUCCGCCUCCAGCUGCAUCCUGAGGAGUGUGCCUUGGACUGUCCUCCCUGGGACCAGCUGGGGAAUGAGGCCAUUGCAGCUGUGAGUGAUGCCAUUGGACUGCCAAAACGCAAGGCUUUUCCUGGUGAGUCACUGUAUUCCUUGGGCUGCCCGAAGGAGCCCGCUGAGCACUCAAAUGAACCAAAUCAUGUGGGGUGGCACAGGUGAAGAAUCUGAGCCCGUCUUUUAAAGAGGCACUUGGAAGAUAGAGGACAUGGUACCAUGUCACCAGAAGGGAUGCUAAGAAAAUGUAGCAAAAGUUCUAAGAAGUGAUGACGUCUCAUGGAGUUAAAAAUGGGGGCAUCCUAAUGAAGAAAGUGGCUUGAAGGUUUUAGUAAAAUGGUUACAAAGUACAGACAUCCCACUUCCUGCAUUGCUUCAGACUGAGCAGUUUGUUGGCAUGCCCUAUAGGCUUCAGGGGUAACCUGACCCAUGUUUGCAGUCACCCACGGUGAUACAAGCCUUGCAGUCACUAGUGGAAGAACUUGUGGUAAGUUGCUGACACACAAGGCACAUCUUCCCAGCCAAAAGUAUGGGCAGGUUUAGCCUCCAGCACCACUCACAGACACAGCAGGUACAAUGUGUCAGGCUGGCUUUACUUCAGAUAGGUGUGUGUCCUUCUCUAGGAAGGGAAAUGGCGACUUGCUAAGAGUUUGACCAUGCCUGAUUCUAGAUUUGAG